GAAAUAUCAAAUUUUAUUAAACUAAACGGCGUUAAUAUUAAGAAUAAUGGCGGAAAAAGAGGGAAAAAAAGAGGCAAAACGUAUGUCUUUUUUUAAUCUGCAAAAAAACGCUACAACCAUUCCUCAGAACAAUCUAUUGAAGGUUCAAAGUGGGAAUAUUAAAAGAACUAUAUCAGUUUUUGAGCAAUUAUCAUGCCCGAAACAAUUACCAGAUAAACAUGAUAUUGCUAGGAAUGCACGGAGUUUAUCAAGGGUUCAGAAUGUAUUAUUAAUGAAUGAAAAUGGACAUUCAUGUAUUUCUUUGGAAAAGAAAGAAAAUAUUAAGAUGAAGGCUAUAAGUCCGUUAAAUAGGGUUGAACUGGGAUCAGAUUCAAAAAUAAUGAAAGAAGGAGUUAUUUCAGAGCGAAGGCCAUCUUCAUGGGCUUUUUUGUCGUCAAAUUCGAAAGAAUUUGAUAUAAAUAAGGAAAAAACACCAGUUAGAAAAUCAUUGCUAGAUCCAGUUGAAAAGAAGGAAAAUAGGGAAGAAUUACGACAUUUGAAGUCGAAUAGUAAUGAAGGAGAUAUUUUUUCAUUAGAAGAAGCGAAAAAUAUGUCUAAAGAUUCAUCUAAUAAGUCAUUGGAUGAAAAAUUUUUUGAACUUGAAAGUUAUGAAAAUACGUUUCAUAUAAAUGAUUUAUCGGGUAUUUUAUGUAAUUCAUUGGAAUCAGGAUCAUUAUUUGAGGAGGAUGAUUUAAAAAAUGAAUCUAGUUCUGCUAAAGAAAGAUCAGAAGUGGAAAAAGUAUUUAAUGAAAAAUAUUCCAAAUUAAUACAACAAAAUAAUGAAUUGAGGGAUAAAAAUAAGCAUUAUGAAGAAGUUAUAGGUACACUAAAUAAGGAAAUUGAGGAGAAGAGUUCAUUAAUGUCUAAAACUGAGGAUAAUAAAUACAUAGAACAAAUUAAUUCUCUAGGUUAUAAGGUAGAAAAACUGACUUCCGAACUGAAUAAUUCAAGUACAUACAAUGAAAAAUUAUUAGAACAAAUAAAUUUUUGCAAGUUAGAAAGUCAAUUAUCUACAGAUAUUUUAAAAAGUGAAAUUGAAAAGUCAAAAGAUAUUAUAAAAAGUUUGGAAGAACAAUUAAAGAAUUAUGAUGUGAACCAAUCAAAUUUCCAUGAACAUUUAGAAUCUGUGAAAUUAUACUAUAUAGAAAGAGAAAAAGCACUUGAAAAUAAACUUAUAUCUGCAGAGCAAGCUAUAGAUGAUGAAAAGAUCAGAUCUACUAAAAAUAUGAAAGAAAUACAAAAAAAAUUAGAAGAAUCAGAUUUGUUAAAAAAGAAUGUCGAGGAAAGGCUUUCUUUCACAUUAACAGAAAAUAACAAAUUAUUAAAAGAAAUAAGUUAUCUAAGGAAUAAUUACGAUAUUAAAGACAAUUAUGAAAGCGUUUUAGAAGACUCAGAAGUUUGUAUAUCUUUGAAAAAGAAUCAUGUUAAAACAAUUAAGAAAAAAAACAAUGCCUCUUUGGAAAACUCUACAGAUAUUAAGGAAAUCAAUAAUCAACUUAAAAUAACUCAAGAUGAAUUACAAGAAGAAAGAAAGAAACUAGAAGACAAAACAAAACAAUGUGAUAAGCUUUUUCUUGAUUUUUCUGAAUUGGAAAUGAAAUAUUUUAAUCUUCAGAAGAAAGUAUUAAUAAAAAAUGAACAGAUUACAAAGCAUAUUUUUAAGAUUAAGGAGCAUGAACUAACAUUAGAAUCUUUACUUAAAGAGCAUAAUUCAGUUAUUGAAAAAUUAAAUAUACAACAAAAUAUAUUAUGUAAAUAUACCGAUAUGAUAAAGGAAAAAGAUAAUCUUAUAAAACAUUAUAAAGAGGAUUUCGAAAAAUUACAUUUUAUUUAUUUAGAAGAAAUUAAUCAUAUUCACAAUAACUUUGAAAAUAGGGAAAUAUUAACACAUUAAAAGAAAAAAAAGUGCAACAUACAUAUAUAUCCAUUGAGCAAAUAUA